AUGGCCCGCAUCCCUGCCAUGUUUGGAGCGAGCAUCCUUGCCGGCCUAGCAUACAUCCAAUACCAGGCAGCCCAGGCUGGAACCUAUACUCUCAACGUCCUUAAAAAGGCUGGAGAAGCUGUCACCGAGACCUCGUCAACCAUGUUUGAGGGCGCGAAGGGGAUUGUCAAUCAAAUAGGACUCGGUUGGGAACGCACCAAAGAGGAGGCACACUUACCGGAUUGGCUCCAGCAGUUUUUCGAUAAAGGAGAGGAGUCUGGCGACGGAGGGGCUGGAUCGCAAUCGCCUAAACCAAACAAAUCUGCUGCAGGAGCUGCUGCAGCUUCUGGGGCCGCGAUAGGAGUGGAACAAUCGAGCGAAGACGAUGGGCGGUCGGGUGUGGAGGUGGCACGGGAUGAUCAAAUGAUGGUCUUGACAAGAAAAAUGAUCGAGAUUCGAAGCAUCCUCAACACCAUCGGUCAAGGAGGGGCUUUGACGCUACCAUCCAUUGUGGUUAUCGGAUCACAAUCAUCUGGGAAAAGUUCGGUUCUCGAGGCAAUCGUCGGGCACGAAUUCUUGCCAAAGGGCUCUAACAUGGUCACGAGGCGCCCGAUCGAACUCACCCUGAUUAACACACCGGAUGCAAAGGCAGAGUAUGGCGAGUUCCCUGCCCUUGGGAUGGGUAGGAUUACGGACUUUGCGCAAAUCCAAAAGAUUCUAACCGACCUCAACCUUGCUGUUCCCCCGGAGCAAUGUGUUACCGAUGAUCCCAUCCAGUUAUCCAUCUACUCCCCCAACGUUCCGGACUUAUCCCUCAUUGAUUUACCUGGCUAUAUCCAAGUAUCUGGCAAAGACCAGCCUUCUGAGCUGAAGCAGAAGAUCUCAGAUCUCUGCGACAAAUACAUUCAGCCACCAAACGUCAUCCUAGCAAUCUCCGCUGCGGAUGUGGAUUUGGCUAAUUCAACUGCCCUGAGGGCAAGCCGAAGAGUUGAUCCUCGAGGGGAGAGAACAAUCGGCGUCAUCACAAAAAUGGACCUGGUCGACCCCCGACGAGGUGCUGAAAUUCUGUCGGACCGAAAGUAUCCUCUCAGGUUAGGUUAUGUUGGCGUGGUAUGUAGGAUACCACAGUCAGCAGGCCUUUUCUCGAGAUCUGGCGUCAAUGUGACAAAUGCAAUUAUUAAGAAUGAGCAUGCAUAUUUCUCAUCACAUCCGUUACAAUUCGGUCCACAAUCAGAACUCGCCGUGGGUACAACCACGUUACGGCACAAGCUCAUGCACGUUCUUGAGCAAACAAUGGCCGCAAGUCUUGCUGGCACCAGAGACGCGAUCGUGCAGGAGCUGGAAGAAGCAACAUAUGAAUUUAAAGUGCAAUAUAACGACAGGCCGCUCAGUGCCGAGUCGUAUCUGGCUGAAAGCUUGGACAGCUUCAAGCGUUCUUUCAAGGAGUUCAGCGAACACUUCGGCAGGCCUCAAGUCAGAGCCUUGUUGAAAGAUGUCCUGGACCAGAAGGUGAUGGACGUGCUAGCGAAGAGAUACUGGAACAAACCAGUAGAGGAUCUGUCCCCAGUCCAGCCUGAAGCAGAUCCGUUGUCUGAAUUGCCCAAAGCUGAUCCAGGCUCACUGUAUUGGCAACGCAAACUGGACGCUUCAACGUCCGAGCUGACCAAGCUUGGUGUUGGGAGAUUAGCGACCACAGUGGUGGCGGCAGAAUUGCAGAAUCAUGUCGACAAAUUAAUCGCCGCCUCGACCUUUGCUUCGCAUCCAUAUGCUCAGCGUUCGAUUGUAGACGCGUCAUCAAGCAUAUUGAAUGAUCGAUUUUACAGCACAAGCGAUCAGGUCGAAAAUUGUAUCAAGCCAUUCAAAUUUGAAAUUGAAGUCGAGCCUAAUGAAUGGAAUAAGGGACGCGAAAAUGUCGGCCACGUGUUGAAGAAUGAACUGAAAGCUUGCGAAGCUGCACAAAGGCAAUUGGAAGACAAUAUCGGCAGGAGAAAACUGAGAGAUGUGAUGGGAUUCAUCGACCGAGUAAGGAAGGGCGAAGUCAUCCUAGAAGGCGAUGGGACGGGCGGUGCCGGUGGCUUUUCAGCAGCUCUUCUUCAAAAGGGUCGGGAAGCCGUCUUCCUCCGCGACCGUGCCGAUAUCCUCAAGAUGCGCUUGAUGGCGGUCAAAUCCAAGCAAUGCGCGAACCUCAAAAACAAAUACUACUGCCCGGAGGUCUUCCUAGAUGUCGUCGCUGACAAGUUGACUUCGACAGCGGUGCUCUUCCUCAACGUUGAACUUCUCUCGGAAUUCUACUACAAUUUCCCCCGCGAGCUGGAUCUGAGGCUUGGUCGUCAUCUGGAGCCGAACGAAAUUGAGCAGUUUGCAAGAGAAGACCCCAAGAUCAGAAGACAUCUCGACGUUAUCAAGCGGAAGGAGAUGCUGGAGUUGGUAUUAGAGAAGAUCGAGAGUCUGAGGCAGUUGGAGGGUCGGACGAAGACGCAGCAGGCGAAAGCGUCACAGACCAAGGAGAAAGGGCGGUGGAGCCUGUUUUGA